GACGCGUUUUAUUUCUUUAGCUUCAUGCUAGCUGGUGUCGCAGCUGUGCAGGUCUGGAGUUUCCUUCUUGCCACCCACCUACUGUCACGUACUGUCUCUGACAACAACGCACAGUAGGGACGUCAAGUUGAUAUUUACAUCAUGGUGGUGUUUGAGAACUGCUCCGUCCUCCUGGAGCUGAAGACGCUGCCGUUCAAAGAGAAGAAGAAGCUGCGGGCGGCGAUCACAGAGAACGGAGGCAGCAUCUCCUUCGUGGUCAACAAACAGUGCUCGCUGGUGGUGACCAGUGAUCUGUGCAGCCUGAGCUCCAACCGGCUCCGCAGCGUCCAGAAGCACCGCACGCCGGUGGUGCGGCUGGAUUACGUGUACAGCUGCCUGAGCUCCGGGGUCCGUCUGCCUGUGGACGCGUUCCAGCUGGACCCUCCCUCACCGCCCCCCGCUCCCUCCUCACCAGAGCUGGGCUCCAUCCCACAUCAAGAUGUGAGUCAGAGGGAAGAGGGUCAAGAGAGGAACGGAAAUGUCUUGGAAAAAUUCAGGAUCUUCACUGAAAGAGAUUUUAAUCUUCCACCAUUUCCGGAUGAUUUUCAAGUGGCAAAGUAUUCUGUUUUUGAAAAGGGGAACAGCGGCACUUGGAGCGUGUUGGAGCUGCAGAGUGCCAGGGGAGGGAAUGGCCAGCGGUACCGGGUGGUCUGUUACUUGAAGGAUGAUAUCGGAACCAAGAAAGCAGCGGUGAAGGAUAAGCUGGUGUUUGUGUCCACGUCAGAGGAUGCUCUGCAGGUGUUCCAGGCCCUGAGCGAAGCCCUGCAGGCUGAUGGCCUGCAGCUGAGGACCGACAACCCUCCCGAGGCCCAAGACCUGGGCUCUGGUCCCUUACAGCAGCUGCUGCUGGAGGAGAAGCUGAGCACAGGAAGCUUAUCACGCGAGGUGGGCGUAUUUGUGGAGCUGCUGUGGACUGAGGCCCUCGGCUCCCUUGGCAACAUCCUCAGCAUUAACAUCAACAAGCUCAGCCUCAAUGACGUGAGCCGCGCCGAGGGCUUGUUGCUUCAGGCUCAAAGGAACCUAAAGGAGGGCAAUCACACUGAGGCAAUAACUCUUCUGAAAGACGCUUACACUCUGCUGCCACACAAUGCGCCUCAGCUGCUGCCCACCGUCAAGCUCAUCUCUCAGAAACUGGACCUCUGUCAGCUGAUCAGAGAUGUUCUGAGCGUGAGUGAGAUGACUCUGAGGUAUCCCGUGGUGUCCUGUGUGGGGAAGUACCGAGCUCUGCGCUGCAGCAUUGAAGACGUUCCCUCCAGCAGCUCUGAAUUCCAGGCUGUGACCGCUCUGCUCUGGGGCAGCAACCUGAGGGUCAAACAGGUUCUGCGAGUCAGCAGGGGAGUGGAGCUGCAAAUGUUUAAGAGUGAGAUUGGCAAUAUUCAGACUCUCCUGCAUUCUUCCAACCCCACCAACUUCGUGGGAAUCCUGUCUCGUGGCCUGCUGCUGCCCCGCGUUGGAGUGGAGCAUCAUGGGAUAGAGAGAACAGACGUUGGUAAUCUGGGCAGUGGGAUUUACUUCAGUGAUGCUAUAAGCACCUGCUUGAAGUACUCCACUCCCAGCGUGACAGACGGCUCUCGGCUGCUGCUGGUGUGUGAAGUAGCGCUGGGCAGCUGUAGGCACCUCCACAGAAGAGAUUGCACCCUGACACAAGCUCCUGAGGGACACCACAGCGUCCACGGGGUCCAGCGCACCCCUAACGUCCAUUCUGAAUUUGAGGACGAUGAAUAUGUGGUGUACAGUCCUGACCAGGUGAAACUGAAGUAUGUAAUCCAGUUCAGCCUCGAGGGAGAAGAACUGAAGGAGUUCAGCCCUGUCUUUUUCACCUCAGCUGAGCAUUGUCUGGUUCCCAUGGACCAAGAGGUCUAUAUGGAGGAUGAUAGGGUUGAAAGCGUUACAUCCCUAAAGGAGGAUGUGAAGGUGGGACUACUGGACAGCUCUGGCCAGCAGCUCCCCCUGGAGGCGGUGCAUGUGAAGGGCAAGCUGAUUGAUCUGCUCUCUCAGGUCAUUAUUUUCCAAAAGUACACCAACACGAGCUCUGUGCCUAUUGAGGCAAAGUACGUCUUCCCAUUAGACGAGUCUGCAGCAGUGUGUGGGUUUGAAGCCUUCAUCAAUGGGAAACAUAUUGUGGGACAGGUGAAGGAGAAAGAGACGGCUCGCAAGGAGUACAAGCAGGCUGUGGAGAAAGGCCAUGGGGCCUACCUCAUGGACCAAGACGCCCCUGACGUGUUCACCAUCAGCGUGGGAAACCUGCCGCCCGGUGCCACUGUUCUCAUUAAAGUCACCUUUGUGUCUGAGCUGAUUGUCAAGGAUGGCAGCGUCUUCUUCUCUCUGCCUGGAAGUGUGGCUCCGUGGAAGGAGAAGGCAGCCCUCAACCAGACAACACAGGUCACUGUGGAGAAGGUGUGUGUGACCGAUGCCUCGGCGAGUUCCAGAGAGUUUUCCCUGGACAUGUCAGUUGAGAUGCCCUAUGAGAUCUCCCGCCUGCAAUGCCUGACUCACAAAGUCCAUGUUAAGAGAACUGACUGCAAGGCGGUGCUGAGUGUUCUGCCUGGAGAGGUCAUGGGUCCAGAAGGUUUCCAGCUGUCAGUUACUCUGUCUGAGGUCCACCUGCCCAGGAUGUGGGUGGAGAAACACCCCGACAAGGACAGCCAGGCUUGCAUGUUGGUUUUCUAUCCAGAGUUUGAAAUCAACUCCAGCUCAGCAUGUGAUGAAGUUGUUCUGCUGCUGGACACCUCAGAGUCUAUGAGGGGAGAGUCUCUCCGCAUGGCCCAGAGAAUUGCCCUGCAAGUCCUGAAAGCGCUCGACCAACACCUGCGAGUUAACGUCAUUUUAUUUAGCACGGAUCACAAAGAAGCUUUCCUCGCAGCGCGCCCUGUGGUUGAAGCUCGGGAGGAGGCAGCGCAGUUCAUCAAGCUCUUCACUGCAGUGGGCGGCAGCACGGAGCUGUGGCGACCCCUGCGAGCUCUCAGCCUGCUGCCUCCGAGCCGUGGCAUCAGGAACCUGCUGCUGCUGUCAGAUGGCCACAUCCAGAACCCAGAGCCCACCCUGAAGCUGCUCAGGGCCAACGCCCAGCACAGCCGCCUCUUCAGCUGUGGCCUCAGCUCCACAGCCAACCGACACAUGCUGAGAGCUCUGGCCCAGGCCGGAGCUGGAGCUUAUGAAUUCUUCGACACCAAGACCAAACACACCUGGACAGAGAAGGUGGCUCGUCAGGUGAAGCGGAUGGCGUCUCCUGGCUGCAGCUCGGUGUCGGUGAAGUGGCAGCAGUUCAGUGCGUCAGCGCCCACGCCUGUGCAGGCCCCCCAGCAGAUCCACGCGCUGUUCAACGACUGCCACACCCUGGUUUAUGGCUUCGUGCCGCACUGCACUCAGGCGACGCUCUUUGGAGACCUGAGUGGUCAGGAGCUUAAGACCAUGGUGUCCACCAGUGAGCUGCAGAAGACCAGGGGCACGUUUCUUCACAAGCUCACGGCCAGAGCGCUCAUCCGGGAUUAUGAAGAUGGAAACCUGGACACUGACGAAGCCGAGCACGAGGGGAAGAAAGCGGAGUUGAAGUCCUUCAUCGUGGAGUUAAGCAAAGAGUUUUCCAUUCUGUCCCAGUUCACCAGCUUUGUGGCCAUCGAGGAAAGGGGGUCGGACCAAUCCCAGCAGGGUUUCACCGACAUCCCCAAGCUGAUUGCAGAGGAAGAUGUGGACAUCUUGCCUUACAUCAGCUGGGCUUCUCCUGAGGAGAGCUUUGAAUGUUCAGACGUGGACUUCCUUUCGGAGUCUAUGGAUCAAUGGCCAAGUCUUGAGUCAAGUACUACUGUGUGCUUAGACAGAAUGAACUAUGGAGAACCUACUUCUCCUCAUUUAACCUGUGGUUACAUACCUACAAAGCUUAUAGUUGCUCUACCUCCUGCCCUCACUCCUAUCCGGUUAGGAGCCUCGGAAGUAGCUUUUCCUCUUCCUCCUCCCUCUGCUCAUCUCCAAGCUCCUGCCAGCCUUCCAUUCCAAUUUGGAGCCCUGCCAGGACCUGCUCCUCCUCUUGCUCCUCCCUCUGCUCAUCUCCAAGCUCCUGCCAGCCGUUCUUUCUUGUUUGGAGCCUCACUAAGAGCUCCUGCUGGUCAUCCUCCUCCCUCUGCUCACCUCCAAGCUCCUGCCAGCCGUUCAUUCUUAACUGGAGCCCCGUCAAGACCUGCUUCUUAUUCUCUUCUUUCCCUCGAUGAAGCCAAAUGUGCUGCCAUCGAUUCAUUAACUGAAGCUCCUCUUUUCCAGCUUCAAGCUGCUGCCAGCGGUUUUUCCUCAUGGGGAACCUCGCUAGGAGCUCUUCCUCCUCUUUCUCCUCCCUCUGCUGAUUCCCAAGCUCCUACCAGCCCUUGUUUCUCGCCUGGAGACCCUGAAGGAGCGGGGAAUUUUGAGUUAGCUUCUCUAGAUGUUGCUCCUGCGCCCCCUGCUCAUCGCCGUCGAUCUGUCCUGCAGAUCUGUGGAACUAUGGAUGUACACGGCUCUAUGGACGUGUCAGCUCCUCCUGAGGUUUCUCCUCCUCCCUCUGCUCAGAGUCUAGCUGAUCAGCUCCCUCAAUCAUUUGCCCAGCAAGCCCAGCAAAUCCAAAGUGCAGAUAUGAUCGUUCCUCAGGCAAAAAAAAAGUUUAAAUUCCGAGCUGGCCGAGCUAAACUCUCUCAAGGAUCUAUUUUGCAACCAGAAUUCCAAAGUGCAUUAGCUUUUACACAUCUUAGUUGCCGAACCUCCUUGUCAGCUGCCAGUGCUUUACAACAGAUAGCUCCUCCUCCUCCUCCUCCUCCUCCUCCCCAGCCUCUUCAUCGUCUUUCCAGGAAGAGUGAGUCAGCACAUAGAGAAGGCGUUUGCUUCUAUCACACACCUGUUCUACAUGAUCUGGCUCCUGCAGAUGACUAUGUUCUAGCUCGUCGAGGCACAAGAUUAAGGAAAAGCCCUGUUAAACCACUGAAAGUCAAAUGGACCAAGAUCUUCCUGAUGCAGCAGACAGAAGGAUACUGGGAGUUAACCACAGCACUGGGCGAACUCAUUGAUGUCAACGUGGACGUGUUCAUGGAGUUCUUGAAAAGCAAGGGCAUCAAUUCUCUGGGUGUGAGGGCUCAUGCAGAAAUCCUGAGGCUGGUGGCAACUCUGCUUAUCCUGCAGCUGAUGAGAUUAGUGAAGCAGAAGGAAGGCAAACUGCUCCGUACGCUCUUCUCCCUGGAAGAGUCUGAGCCCAGACCUCGUCACUGGGAGCAGAUGAAGAGAGCGGUGAAAUGGGUUUGCUGGGCUGAACGGCAGUAUCCAUGCAUCUACAGCCGCCUGGAGUUCGGCUCCAGCUGGGAGUCGGCCACUCGUCAGCUGCUGGGCUUUGAAGACCUCCCUCCUCUAUCGCCUCUCGUUGGACUGAACCUGCAGAAGAUCAAGAAGAACCCAUUGCCUUCCAGAUGUUCCUCCACAGGUUCCUCCACAGGUUCCUCUACAGAUUCUUCCACAGUUUCUUCUACAGAUUCCUCAUGGGAAAAUUAAAGAAAAACAAAUUAUUUGAGGGGAUAACAUUGUGUUUUAUUUUAAACAGCUACAAUAUGUUUGCAUUUCCUUCUUGUGUUUACUUGCUCUUCAAUAAGUACAUGCAAUUAUCUUUUCACAUUAAUAUAAUUUCUUGAUUAAAGUAGGAAACUCUUUUUCUUAACUGGGGCAGAGGAUGUCUAAUUGGGAAAUAUGAGUUAUUGCCUCAAUCGUGUUCAUAUAAUCAAAUGGUGGCUGUUGAUUGUUGACUGGUCCCUAUAAUUGAAUAUCACCACCAAAGCUGAGAAUAUACUUGUUUUAUUACGUGGCAGCCACCUGUUGCUGUUUUCUUUUUGUGUGGAAAGGAGGAAGCAGCACCUGGUUAAAUACAGAGAUUCCAAUAAAGUGUCUGAAAAAUUAAA